GCUAGAAAGACCGCAGCACUGGUGAAGUUUGAGAAAGAAAAAAUUGAAGGCAAACAGGGAAGUGAGGAGAAUCAGAUCUCAGAGUUUGGGGGAGAAGACACCAUAAGGAAUAGCUCUCUGUCCACCAAAGCCAGAAGGGCGGAAAGAGCAGGUUUAGGAGAGCCAGAACCCACAGGCCUCCUAGGAUAACAGUGGCACACAGGCUGGAGCCACCCUUCCAGCUGAACGUGUGUUCCCUCAGUUCCCCAGCGGAUGAGGCCGUGAGACAGAACGCACAGACCCUGCGGGAACAGGAUUCCCCGGGCCAUGGCCCAGGUCAGCAUCAACAGAGACCUUGGCGAAUGGGGCUUAAGCACGGACUCUGGGGAGCGUGCCCGUCUGCUGCAGAGUCCCUCUGUGGACAUAGCCCCCAAGAGUGAGGGCGAGGCCCCUCCUGGUGGUGCAGGCGGAGGCACCACUUCAACACUUGGAGCCAUCUUCAUCGUUGUCAAUGCCUGCCUGGGCGCGGGGCUACUCAACUUCCCGGCAGCCUUCAGCACUGCCGGGGGCGUGGCAGCCGGCAUCACGUUGCAGAUGGCCAUGCUGGUUUUCAUCAUCAGUGGCCUCGUCAUCCUGGCCUACUGCUCCCAGGCCAGCAAUGAGAGGACCUACCAGGAGGUGGUGUGGGCUGUGUGUGGCAAGCUGACAGGCGUACUGUGUGAGGUCGCCAUUGCCACCUACACCUUCGGGACCUGCAUCGCCUUCCUCAUCAUCAUCGGGGACCAGCAGGACAAAAUUAUAGCUGUGAUGGCAAAGGAGCCUGAGGGGCCUGGCGGCAGCCCCUGGUACACAGACCGCAAGUUCACCAUCAGCCUCACUGCCUUCCUCUUCAUCCUGCCCCUUUCCAUCCCCAGGGAGAUCGGCUUCCAGAAAUAUGCCAGCUUCCUGAGCGUCGUGGGCACCUGGUACGUCACUGCCAUCAUUAUCAUCAAAUACAUCUGGCCUGAUAAAGAGAUGACCCCAGCAGACAUCCUGAACAGGCCAGCCUCCUGGAUAGCCGUGUUCAAUGCCAUGCCCACCAUCUGCUUCGGAUUUCAGUGUCACGUGAGCAGCGUACCCGUCUUCAACAGCAUGCGGCGGCCCGAGGUGAAGACCUGGGGCGGCGUGGUGACGGCCGCCAUGGUCAUCGCCCUCGCUGUCUACAUGGGCACAGGUAUCUGCGGCUUCCUGACCUUUGGAGCCGCCGUGGACCCUGACGUGCUCCUGUCCUACCCGUCAGAAGACGUGGCUGUGGCUGUGGCCCGUGCCUUCAUCAUCCUGAGUGUGCUCACCUCCUACCCCAUCCUGCACUUCUGCGGACGGGCGGUGAUCGAAGGCCUAUGGCUGCGCUACCAGGGCAUGCCGGUGGAGGAGGACGUGGGCCGGGAGCGGCGGCGGCGAGUGCUGCAGACGCUGGUCUGGUUCCUGCUCACCUUGCUGCUGGCUCUCUUCAUCCCUGACAUCGGCAAGGUCAUCUCAGUCAUUGGAGGCCUGGCUGCCUGCUUCAUCUUUGUCUUCCCAGGGCUGUGCCUCAUUCAGGCCAAACUCUCUGAGAUGGAGGAAGUCAAGCCAGCCAGCUGGUGGGCGAUGGUCAGUUACGGAGUCCUCUUGGUCACACUGGGAGCCUUCAUCUUUGGCCAGACCACAGCCAACGCCAUUUUUGUGGAUCUUUUGGCAUAAGAUCACUGCCUCCCAGAGAAUUAUUAGCCUUUGUUGUUGGACCCAGGAACCCAUCUCAUAGAGCUUCAGGACCACCCUGGGCCCGGCAUCAUUCCCCUCCACUGGUGGGAUGACAUCCGCAACAUCCUUUCCCAGGAACAGUUCUGGGGUGAAAUCAGGCCCCACCCCCGUGGACAGUUCAAACUCAGCUCCCUUCCUGCUCCCCCAUCCUGGCAGCGCCGUGGAUGGUAGGAGGAAGUCUCAUGCCACAGGGGAACCUCCUCCCCUCCUUCACCUCUCAACUUUUCCAUGCCUGGACGCCAUGGGUAAAGAGUGUCAGCAGGUCUCCAAAGAAAGAACUCAACCUGACUUGCCUCUGAAGAAACAGUGUGCACCGAGGGGUGCGCUCCUCCACAGAGAAGGCUGUCCUGAGUAGAGGCUCUGCUCAUCACCCCGGGACUCAGCACCUGCUCCCGUGUGUUGGCAGCCCAGCCACCAGCAGCUGCCUCUCGCGAGUCCCAGAGGAAGCCUGAAAGCAUAUGAGUGCACCAAGGCAGGUAGAUGGAUGCCUGGCCACUGCCUCCUGGGCCCUCAGAGAGCCCGAGAGCCCCCUUGUCCAUGGCUGAUGGACAUUUCCCAAGGCUUUUGGGGUCUCGCCCUGCCUCUUUACCCAGACCUGAUGGUCCAGGCAUCCCUCUGCUCCUCCAUCCCAGACAUCACCAAGUCUAAUGUUUACAAACGGUGCCAGCCCAGCUCCGAGCCAGGGGCCAGGAGCCACCCCGUGCCACGGUGCUGUGAGUACUCCCUGAACUCACCCCACGGUGGGGAGUCUGCUUUCUCUCUUAGAUUCCAGAUGGGCCCCUCUUUUCAAAGCAACAAGAGUGGGGACAUCCCUGGUGGUCCAGUAGUUAAGACUCUGUUUGCAAUGUCGGGGGCACGGGUGCAGUCCCUGUCAGGGAGCUAAGAUCCUACGUGCCGCGAGGUGCGACCAGAAAAAAAGUUAAAAAUGGGGCAAAGGCGCAAGAGUGGGUGGUGGAGCAGGCUGGGAAUGCCACGUGGGCUGGGCUCGUGAGGAUCAAGGUGACUGUGUCUGGUUUCUUCACUUUCAACGGCUGCUUCUCUUCUCCCUGCCCUCCAUGUCAACCCCAGCCUGGUACCCAGAGACGAGACAAGAACGGCAGCUGACAUGUCAUUGUCUGGACAACAUUUGAGUGUAGUCAUGCUGGCCUAGAAGUUUCCCUUCCAGUCUGGAUCUUGUCUGCUCCUUUCCCCCAUCACCUCUUCACCCCCACCCCAUUUUCCUAUGGAGCUCAGUCUCUCCUGCUCUCCUAAGUAUGGGAGUGGGGUGGACCAAACCCUCUCUUGUCCACUUCCUCAGCUCCACAUGUCCACCAAGCCUGGCCUCGGAGGCCUGUUAAUCACAUUAGGACAUAGCUAGGUUGUGCCCCACGCGAGGUAAGGAGGGAUAUUCUCCACCUUCAUAUUUUGAACUCUUUGGCUACUCAGGCCAACCCCAGGCGCCGAAUCAGGCUUUCUCUGCCUGGAACACUCAGCAUUUUCCCUGGCUCUUCCUGCCCAAAACCUCUGAAUGGAGAAGUGGGGGUGAGAGGGACCCACGUUCUCAGGGCAGUGAGAUACAAGAAGCAGAGGCUGGCUAGAGCCACAUAGACUUCUGCUCAGCCCCAGCCUAGGUGACUUGCCCCUCUUCACAUCCCCUCUAGGCUCCCCCAGGGCCAGGCCCACAUGGCCGUCUUCUCUCAGCCUGCUACACAGCACCAGGCCCCGCCAGCGCCCAUCUGGACAAGGUUGGGAGGAUGGACAUCAGCAGGGCUGCACCGCCGCCUCAUGUUGCAUUUCAAUCACGGGUGGGGUUCGCGAGGGGGAAAGGAGCUGGAAUCUGGCCUAAUAACCUCAGGAGCCCCUUCCCCUGCCCUCCCUGCCUGGGCAUUUUACUGUUUCUUUUUUACUUGUGCACAUUCAGACCAGGAAGAAUGGUUAAUAAAA